AAAGAAUUAAUUUACAUUAAAUCCAUUUGAUAAUUAAAAAUUGAUCCAUAAAUAGCAUAUUUAUAAAAGUUAGUGCAUUUUAAUAAAGUGGGCAUAAAGUAGAGAUCUAAAAAUGAUAUUUUGGAUAACUUUUCUGCUAACAUCGAGCAUUGCUUCAGUCGAAGGUGCAAAUGCUCACGUGACAUGUCAAAGAAGUUUUAGUAAAAUUGGUUGCUUCAAAGAAAUAAACAGUAGGCCUGAUCUUGCUCUAAGACCAAUGACAUUAGAGAUCAGUGAUCGAGAUUCAACUAAUCCUAAAUACCAAGGUUAUCUUAUUGAUUGGGGAAACAUGGAAGCGUCAGUGCACAGUUUAGCGUGCAGAUGCGCCACCGCUGCUAGAAAUAUGAAAAUGAACUACUUUUCGUUGCGUUUUUGGGGCGAGUGUUGGGUUGGAAAAACUGAUAUUGGCAAACUUGCUGCUACUCUUAAAGAUCCUAAGUGGUUGUCAACAGAUUGCGUAAACUCUUGGUCUUAUAUUGGUGUUUGUGAUCACAAACACGAAAAAGAAUGCGUUGCAAAAGCGGGGUCUGGCUAUAUUUAUUUUUUAGAUGAUGUUAGCAAAAGUGAAGAAAAAAUUGAUGGUGGAUAUUCAGAAUGGAGCAGCUUUACUGAAUGUUCCACUAGUUGUGGACCUGGAGUUAUGAAAAGAGAACGUACUUGUACUAACCCUGUUCCGUUUGGUAGUGGAGAAGAUUGCAGUAGUCUUGGGCCAAUGAUUGAAGAGAAACCAUGUAGUUUACGACAAUGUCCAGUGAAUGGAGGAAUAAGUGAAUGGACACAUUUUGGAGCAUGUUCAAAAUCUUGUGGAGGCGGUAUCUCUGUAAGAACAAGAAGCUGUACAAACCCAGCACCAUCCAAUGGUGGAAAAGAUUGUAGUGAACCAACUGAAGAAAUCAAAAACUGUGCUUCUGACCCUUGUCCUAGUAAACCCUCUUCGCUAGUUGUCCGAGCAUGUGAAUGGAACGAUUUACUUAUUGAUUGCAGCGGCAAAGGAGUUAUUGAAAUAGUCAGCGCUAACUACGGUAGAACUAUGUCUAGUAUUUGUCCUGGUGUAAAUGAUUUGAACUUGAAAUGUGAUAACAAACAAAAAUCACUCGAUAUUGUUCAGAGCAGUUGUUCAAACAAAUCCUCUUGCAUCGUUAAAGCUUCUAAUACAGUAUUUGGUGAUCCAUGCAUAGGAACAUAUAAAUAUCUUGAAGUGGAGUAUAAUUGCAAAUCACAAGUUGCGCGAGCAUGUGAAUGAAACGAACUUAAAAUUGAUUGUAAUGCUGAUGAAGAAAUUGAGGUGGUCUAUGCAAACUAUGGUCGAACAUUGGUAGGCAUAUGCCCUGGUUCUAACGAGAUAAACACAAAAUGCAAUCAUCAAAACACGUCCUAUGAUGUUGUUCAGAGCAGCUGUUCAGCUAAAUCUUCUUGUGUUGUUAAAGCUACAAAUGC